AUGAUGUAUAAAGAAUGAUAGAUUAAUUUAGUCAAAUGCCAGAAUCAUAAAUGGGUUCAUUAAGAAUGAGACCUUCUUAAUUAAGAAUAGAAAUGACAGAUGAUUAAUAACUUUCAACAAGACGGAGGAAUUUUAUGUCUCCGACUGCUUUGCCAUUAUUUAGAGAAUUGUAAAAUAAAUAAUUUAUCUUAUUUAGAUAAUAACAAACCACAAGAUAAAAUUUAUAAUUACCUUAAGCUCCUUUAUCAAUAAAAGUAAAAUAGUUUAUCUUAUAAAUUAGCCAAUAUCAAGUCAAUCAUAAAUUACAAAAUCUUUGUUAUUUAAUUUGUUUUUGUAAGGUUUCUUUAUCAACUAUUAUGGAUAUCUAUUUUGGUAAUACAGUUUUCGAUAUGUUUUACUUUAAUUAUGGAUAUAAGAUUUAUUAACAAUGUUCAUAUUGAUUUAUUUUAAUUAUCGUAAAGGAGAGGAAUGCAUUUGGUAACUUAUAGAAGCUAUGUUUCUAUUUUUCUUAAAAGUAUAACAUUCAAUUUUAAAACAGGUUUUUAUAGUAUUUUAUUAUGAAAUACAAAAAUUCAAAAUUUACUUUAUUACAAUAAUGAUGAUUUCACUUUCAAUAUUAGUAUUGUUUAUGCGAGUAGUUCAAAAGUUAAAAUUUUAAUUAUAGAAUAAUCAAUAAAUUGUAAUUAUUAGAUUUAUCAUUAAGAUUAUUUAAUUUAUUAAAACAUUAUUAUGUGUUUAGAUGACCCUUAUAGCUUUAAAAUGGGAAUAGAAAAUUGAAUGGGUUUGGUCGUAAAUCUUUAUAAUCUUAUGGGUAUUUUUAGUAGUCUUUGCAUUAUUAUUAUUUAUAUCAUUUAUUGGAUGUAUUGAAACUUUUAUUAAUCUUCUAAAAAAAUAAACUAAUCAUAAUUAUUGUAUUCCUUAUAUUUAUUAUAGUAAUAGGAAAUAUUUGGAUUUUCAUUAAUAUAAUAGGUUACACUUUAUUACCAUUUACAUUCCUUUAUAAAUUAACAUAACUAUAUGAUAAUUAGGAACUAUUUGGAGAAGAUGAAACUGUUUAACUGAUCGUUUUAAGUGGAAUCUAUAUGUUAUUUUUAACUGUUUAUACUAGUUUUUUUAUAAAUAAUAUAAGGUACUCAUUAAUUUUAUAUAUUAUUAGAAUAUUCUUAAAGGAAUUGUAAGGAUAUGAAUAAUAUUAAAUUGGAUUACCACAUUAACCAAUAUAAAUUUAAUAAGAAUAAGAAUAAAGAAUUGACAAUAUACCUGAUUCUAUUGAAACCUUAUCAAAAAAAAAGAGAAAAUAACCAUUUAGAUUUAUUAAAUUAAAUGCACCUUUAUAUUUAAUUAAAAUGUCGUGUACUUUCUUUGCUAUUUUUGAUAAAUUACAUUUUGAUUAGGCUAAUGUUAAAUAAACAGAAUAAAUAUCUUAAAGAGCAUUAGGAUAAUAGUCAUCAAAUAGAAUGCAAUUUUAAAAAGAAAUUAAGGCUAAUAGUAAUUCAUUAGAUGAAAAGAUUAAUAAUGUAGAAAUAUUAGAAAAAUAAAAUGAAAACAUUGAAGAAUAAGCUAAAGAAGUUGUUAUAUCUAAAAAAGUAUCAGAUGAACAUCAAAAAUCAUGUAAAUCUCAAAAUUCCAUUAUUGAGGAUUAAUAAUCUACAUAGGAUAAAUGUUUAAUUUGUUAUGAAAAUUAACCAAAUAUUUUAUUUGUACCAUGUAGACACGGAGGAAUCUGUGAAAAAUGUGCAGAAGAUAUAGUUGUUAAAUCUAAUCAAUGCUAUUUGUGUAGAAAAGUAAUUUAUUCCUUUUUUAUUUAGAAUAUCAAAUAAAUUUUGAAAAUAAAUACAGAAGGAGGAUAAUUAAUUGUUAAUGAGAUUAGUAAUAUUAAGCAAAAAAGAUAGAUUUAAAUAUGA